AAAUGUCAAAUACAAAGGGAAGCACUUGGCUAAAAUAGCGACAGACUAUUUGUACGGCAGUUUCGCCCUGCGUCCGGUCCCCUUUUGUGCCCACGCGCUCCCAAAUAAUCCUCUUUCAACCAGCGGCAAACUGUGUCGCACCCUGGGAAGGGCCAGCAAAAAUGGUGCAGCCUCUUAAGAAGGUCAAGAUUGUGAAGAAGCGCACUAAGCACUUCGACCGGCACCAAAGCGACCGGAAGGACUCGAUCAAGUCCUCAUGGCGCAAGCCCAAGGGUAUCGAUAACCGCGUGCGCCGCAGGUUCAAGGGCGCCCUGCCGAUGCCCAACAUCGGCUACGGGUCGAACAAGAAGACCCGCCACAUGCUCCCCAACGGCUUCCUGAAGUACACCGUCAACAACGUGCAGGACCUGGAGCUGCUCAUGAUGCACAACAGGCGCUUCUGCGCCGAGAUUGCGCACAACGUGGCCGUGCUCAAGCGCAAGGCCAUUGUCGAGCGCGCUGCCCAGCUGAACAUCCGCGUCAUCAACGGCAGCGCCCGCCUGCGCAGCCAGGAGGACGAGUAAGCGGCUGCUGCUGGAUUGGGUGCGGAGCGCUGCGGCUGCUGCUGCUGAGGACGAGGUGGUGGGGCUGCUGCUGCGGCCCUGCAGGCGGCGGCUCUCCAGCGGCCUUGAAGCAG